AUGCAAUAAACAAUUGAUACCAGAGAAAUUAUCAAUGUGUACUAUGGUACUACAUCUGGAAAUUCGUCACGUCUCGCCUUCCAGUUCGCAGAUGAAGCCACCCAACACAAAUUUAUCCCAAAGGUAUUCAACUUAAAAGAGUUCAAUCCUGAUGUGUUUAUUCAAACGAGACUCAAUAUUUUCUUUGUUUCUACUUAUGGAGUGGGGGGACCUACUAGUGACGCCAUAGACUUUAAUAAUUGGCUUCAGUCCAAGGAUAGGAAAUAAAAUGAAUUAUAGGGAGUACAUUUUACUGUAUUUGCUUUGGGAAAUACAAAACAUGAACACUUUUGUGGAAUGGGAUUGAAGACGGAUGCAAGAUUAGAAGAACUUGGAGCAACAAGAAUUUUCUAAUUAGGAAAAGGUAAUUCUUGUGAUGAGACUACUGAUAAUGAUUACUCUGUCUGGGUCGAAAGUGGGUUAUUUACAGCACUAGAAGCCUUGUCUCCAUUGGUAACUGUGCCUGCGAAUUAAGUUCAAAGUUCAAUUUACAAAAUAAAGGAAUUUGAUAACACAGAUGUUUUAGUUGGAGAAACCUUGUCAUUUUAAGCAUAGAAGUACAAAGAUUCACACUCCCUUAAGAUUAUUGAAAUUAAAGAAUUACGAAAGGCUCCAAGUCCUGGAAAUUCAACAUUGUAUUUAAGUUUAGAAUCAUAAAAUAUUCCAUACAAAGCAGCUUAAAAUAUUGGAAUAUAUCCAGAGAACAGUGAAGAAUAUAUCUAAGAAAUUUGUACUAUAUUUAAUUUGGAUCCAAAAUAUAUUUUUUAAAUUGAGACCAAAGGAAAUCACCCAUUUCCAACUCCAAUUAGUGUUCAUAAUUAUUUGAAGAAGUAUUGUGACUUUUUGGGACCUAUUACUAAAAAAUAAUUAUACACCCUUUCAUAAUUGGUUGAUGAUCAAUAAGCAAAGGAGGAGCUCAAGUUUGUUUCAUCUCAUAAAGGAAGAGAAGAAUAUGAUACAAAUUAUUUAUAAACAAGAUAAUGUUUUUUCAAUCUUGUGAAAAAGUACAAUAUUAGAAACAUAUCAUUGUAAUAAUUGAUUGAAUUGUGUCCUUUGAUAUCUCCUAGAUACUUUACAAUUGCAUCAAGUCCAUUAAAAAAUCCAAAUAAGAUUGAGAUCAUAGCAAGUGAACUAUUAAUAAAUAAAGAGAGGUUGGGAUUGUGUUCAUAAUUCCUAAGAAAUGUAAAGGUUGGAUAGGAGAUAAAAUGUUUCUUAUAGGACUCAGCAUUUUUAAUGCCUCAAAACCCAUAGGCUCCAAUUUUAUUAUUAGGAAUUGGUGCUGGAUUGGCUCCAAUGAGAGCUUUUAUUUAAGAAAAGGAUGAAUUCAUAGAGCAAAACAGAUUAGAUUAGAGUCCAUUUAAAGGUCCAAUGACAUUAUUCUUUGGUUGCAAAACCAUGAGUGAUUACCUAUUUAAGGAAGAAUUAGAGGAAUAUGAAAAGAAUGGCACAUUAAAUCAAUUGAAGGUUGCGUUUUCAAGAGAGGGACAACAAAUUAGAAUAACAAAUUUUUUGGAUGUCGAAUUCUUGAAUUAAUUGUUAGAAUCUGGUGGUGUUAUCUAUGUAUGUGGAUCUACUUAGAUGGGUAGAGAUGUCUAGAUUGCCAUAGAGAAUAUGUUUAAAUAGGUUAGGAAAGUGAUGCCUUAUUUGGCCUAUAGAAAAGUGAAUGAAUUAGAAGAACAAAAGAUAUUUGUGAAAGAAUUAUGGGGAUGA